AUGGCCAAAUUUUCAAAACUUUUGCCAUCUCUCUGUCUUCUCCUUCUUCUUGUUAUUAAUCUUUUAACGCUGACUGACGUCACCAUCUAUCACCUCAUCGCCUGCGUCAUCAUCACAUCCGUUUGCUUUUUCGUCAUCACCGCUGUUGUGGUCACCAUCGUUAAAAUACUCUUCAUCAUUAUCGUGUUAACAAUAAAAUUAUAUUUUCUUGAAGCUGAAAGGUAUUCGUAUGGAGAAUCGAUUUUUUUUUGGUCUUACACGUGUAUCGGCGAUUUUCGGAUACCAAAUGGAAUACUGAAUAAGUUUCGUCCUGAUAUAUCCAGUAGUAACGUGAUGUUCGGGGGUGCAAAUGAUGACGCCUACAAAAACUUCAACUUCCCGAAAUUCGUCAUAAGUGGCAUUAAUAACAACAACAAUAACAUUAACAACAACAACAAUAAUAAUAAUAACAACAACAACAACAUCGUCGUCGGUGGUAGUAGAUUUUUAACCGUCCUGAAAGAAACAGACCGCGAUGGCAUUGAGGAUGAGGACAACGACGAAGAGGAAACAGAAGUUGAUGACGUCAACAAAAAUAAUAAUAUCAAUAAACAGGUGAAAAACAAUAAUAGUAAUAAUAACGACAACAACAACAAUAAUAACAACAACGACGUAAAUGAUGAUGAUGAUGAUGAUGAUGAUCUGAUCGGAGAAGAAGAAGAGAAAAUGAUCUUUGAAAGUAGGAACCGAAACACCCUGACGUGGAAGAGGGCGGUGGUUGACGGGGCUUCAGGGUCGUCCAUCACCUCCUCCACCGAUGGCCUGUGGGUUAAUACUUACAAGAAGUUGAGGAGGGCAUCAGAGCUGAUGUUAGUCGUUGCUUUGGUAUCUUAA